CAUGUUGUUCUCAAACAAAUGCUUAAACUUAAUAACUAUCUUAUUCUGCUUAUUAAAUGUUCUUGGUCGUAGCAAAUGUUUUCAGUUUUGCUAUAAUGCUUCAUACAAAGGGUGGAGAUUUCAAGGGAAUGUAUUUAAGAAAAUUGAAGUGCAAAACGAAAUAGAAUGCAUCGUGAAAUGCGUUAAAGAGCCAUGUUGUCUAUCUAUAAACCACAGAAGACGUUUAAGCCAAGGACGUUGGAGUCUGUGUGAAAUGUUACAUAAUACUGUGAGCAAAAGCAACGGAAAAGAUCUAAAACAAAAUCGAUUUUAUGAUUAUGUUUUCUUCAAUACACCGGUCAAAAUGUACAACGAAAGCUGCAAACAGCAACUGCCCCUCAACAAAAGUUACGAUUUGGUAUUUUCCAAUGCACAUGUUGAGAACUUGAUUCUUUUGGAUAAUGUGAUGCCUAAUAUAUCAGAGAUGACAUUGAUGUUUUGGAUGAACACAAACACAACACAAAGAAUGGCGCUGUUUUCGUACGCGUGUAAGGACAGUCCUGAUGAAUUUUUCGUGGGAUUUGAAGAAGAACAUAUCAUCAUUAUAAUAAAAUCGUUGACAAAAGAAAACUUUGAUAUCUCACAUUUUAAUGAUGGGCUAUGGCAUCAUCUUGCCGUCGUCAUAAGUGAAAGUACGAUAAAAGUUUUGGUUGAUGCAUUUAAAAUUUUCAACAAAUCUCUCAUUCCUCUUUCUCUACCUUUAAUACGUGGUGGUGGAGUGGUUACAAUCGGUCAAAAACUUGAAUGCUGGAAUGCUGUUUUUGAUCGAAAGAUGUCAUUUGUUGGUAAAAUGAGCUCUUUAAAUUUAUGGAAACAUGACGUGACACGUGACACAUCGUGCAACACUAACUGCAAUAUUGGUCAAUAUAAGCCCGUACUUCAGUGGAGUGAUCUGGAUAUUUACUCGAGUGGUAAUGUCUUAAGAGUGUCAUCAUCUGUCACUAAUCAGUCUGAUUGCGUCGAUGAGGACUGGUGGGGUUUACUCGACACAAAAGAAUGGUCAACCUGUGACAACACCAAAAAAUUCAUCACUGGUUUUUAUCCUAUCUCCUCACAACGGAAUGGUAAAAUUAAAAAACUUGAAAAAGCAAAAUGCUGCCCUUCCAGUCCUUCAUAUACUAUGCAGAUAGGUACUUGUGAAGAAAUCUUGUGGAAAUCAGUAAACACCACUAGCACUUGGAGGCUUUGCCCGAGGGGAUAUUUUUUAAAUGGUCUAUAUCGUAAAGAUGGCAAUCAGUCAAAACGCAUCAAAAAAGGAAAAUGCUGCAAACCAAUCAAUCAUCCCAACAAGUAUGGUCACUGUUACAAUGAAAACAUCAAUGAUGCGUUUAAAAAAGGAUGGAUAAUGUGUAAGAGAGAUGGCUAUUACUUCACUGGGUUAUUUAGUAAUGGUAAUGGGAAGUGGCUUCACAAGAUUAGCAAAUUUAAAUGUUGUAAGAUGUUUCUGUGAUAAAAUUAACUUUCCUUUGCUUCUUGAUUUGCAGUGAAAGCAGUGGCAUAGCCUGUUAAUACACCACAUUUAGUAAUAGCACUAAAUAAUCUGACCAUUCAUUCAUCAAUAGACAUAGCACUUUAUUCUGUUGAACAGUGUGUGAGAGUGAUUAUAGUAAUUUUACAACAUUAAACUUAACAAAUAGCUGUCGCAAAAAUUUGGUCAUGCUAUUUUUAUUUAAUGUCAUUGGCAUUAAUCAUCUCUUUAGAAAUUUGUUGCUUUUACAGUGAGUGAACACCUAAAUGUUUACAUUGCACCACCAAACAUGCCGGGUGGUGACGCCAAUGAGUGAAAUUUUUUCUAAAAAUUUUUUCAAAACGAAAUCGUCUCAGAUAGCAGAACUUACAUAGCUAGUAAAGACCGGAUUUACAACUUCUGUAGGAUUCUCAAUAGUCAUUUUAAAAGUAUAUAUAAAGGUGCUUUUAGAGUGACCAUGCAUGCAUGCUAUAAAUGUACAAAAUCCAUUGUAAAGAAUAAAAUUAGAUUCGUGCGUGAUUUAUAAGGACGUUUUUGCCGUAUUUGUCGGUUUUUUUGUAUUAAACAAUAAAUGACGAAUUCAAUAUAAUAAAGAAAUGCUCGCGUUCAAAA